GAGGUCCAUUUUGAACGGGUCAGUUCUUUCUACCGUAUCGCCACUGUUAUGACUAUAAUUAUUCCAAGAAUUGUUUAUUUUCUUGAUUUUCAUACUGAUGGGUCACUAAAAAGUUUUCCCACUCAAAUUGUUUACGUGUGGUCAAAGCAAUCUUGAAUCUCGUGUUAGUUCUGCCUGGUGUCCUCUGUGAGAAACAUGAGUUUUGUGUUGGCUGUCUUCACAAUAAUUUCACUGGGCUAUGCCUCUAGUCAACGAUUUGUAGGCGACGUAUGUACUUUAGAAUCAACUGGAUCACCAGGUGUCUGUAAAUUGUUGAAUGACUGUGAUAAAGCACGAGAGGAAAUACAGCAGAAUCGCUUUCCUCAAAGAUGUGGAUUUCAAGGAAAUCAACCAAUAGUGUGUUGUCCACAAAGCCAAGCAGUGACGGAAAGUAUCCCCCCGCGUCGACCACCAGGCGAUAUAAGUAGAAAAAAGUGUCAAGAAUACGCUCGUUACGUGUAUGAAACAAAGGUACCACCGAUACCAUUAAUUAACGCACAACCAGUUACAAGGAAUGAGUGUGGCCACAAAGUAGUCAAAUUGAUUGUAGGUGGUGAGCCAGCUGGACGAAAAGAAUUUCCACACAUGGCCGCUGUUGGAUACGAACCAAAUCCUGGAGAUUUGCAAUGGCUCUGUGGUGGAACGAUCAUUAGCAACAAAUUUGUCUUAACAGCUGCACAUUGUUUGAGUGAUAUAAAUGCGGGAAAUGCUACCUGGGUAAGACUCGGUGUUAGCAAACUCACCGAUGGCAAUAACAGGCAACAAAUACGAAUAGCUGCCCGAAUAGCUCACCCUGACUAUAGAACCGAUUCUCAUUACCACGAUAUUGGAUUGUUAAGAUUAGAAAAACCAGCUAAAAUGAAUUCAUACGCACGUCCAGCAUGCCUUUAUUUGUCACCAAAUAUUAGAGCUGAAAGGGCCAUAGCAACAGGAUGGGGUCAAACGUCUUGGGGUGGUGAAGGCAGCAACGAUUUACUUAAAGUGAUUAUUGAACUCUUUACUCAGAACGUUUGCGACGAGUUCUACAGGAAUCAAAGAAAACUCAAAAGAGGUAUUUUGAAUGAUAUCCAAGUUUGUGCCGGCUCGAUGAAAGAAGAAAAAGACACCUGCCAGGGCGAUUCUGGAGGUCCGUUACAAAUCUAUCACAUUGGUGACAAAAUAUCAUGUAUGUAUGACAUAGUGGGUGUAACGUCCUUCGGGAAAGGUUGUGCUGGUAGUCCCGGAGUAUAUGUGAGGGUCUCAAAUUAUAUCCAGUGGAUAGAAGAUACCGUUUGGCCAUAGAUAAUACUAUAGUAGUAGUACUUCGUACUAAAUAAUAUGUUUAUUCAUUAUUAUAAAGAGUUGCUCUACCGAUAGUUUUAAAUUAUAUAUAAUAAAAUUUAAAUUAAAUUA